AACUUCGCCGGUUCGAUUAAACAUUUGUGUGGUUCUCUCGCUUUUUAAUACAAACAGGAUGGCGAAUAGCCGAUUGGAAAAGAUUGGGACCAUCAUAACUCGAACGCAAGGAUUGCUUAAAUCCGGUGCAAUGAAGUUUGAUGAGCGUCCACUAUGGUACGAUAUUGUGAUGGCAUUUCCACCGAAAGACGAGCCACGCUACGAUCGUCCUGCACCUAAUGUACCAAUACGACGGAUAUUUUAUGAGGAGGAUAAAAUUCGAGCCAAAUUCCACAAAUCAAACAAGGUUACGUAUGCGGUGAACUUGUUGGACUUCAAAAAUCCUACUGCGACGCAGCAAUUUAUCGAAUUACAUCAAAACUUGUCUACGCAAGGUGCUUUAGAUGAUGAUAAAGUGUACGAGACAGCAUUAGAUCUGCUGGAAGAUAAAAUGCAUCAACAGCGAGAGAAAAAGUCAGCAACCGAUGGACCAGCAGUUAUUUCAGUGCCAGUAAAACCAUCCAAAGUAAACGUGGACUCGGGGAAAACUGUGAAAUUGCAGGAUAUAUUUAACGAUUAAUUAUGUUUCUAUAGCAGAGAGUAAAAGGAA